UCUCUUGCCCUCUUUUCCUCUCUCUCUCUCUCUCUCUCUCUGUUUCUGUCGAGCGAGUUGGAGUAGAAGGUGAAGAUGGCAGAGGGUAUUGUCAAAUGGGCCUUUUCGUCUAGAUUUGCCUGUGAUGCUCUUGAAAAGUCAGUGAGAUAAUCCUUUGUUUCUUCUGUUCGCUCUAUUUUUUUAAUAUUCCUUUCUUUUCUCUUUUCCCAGUCUCUUUCAAAAUUUUUCGAUACUGACAAAAUAUUUUCUCUUCAUGGGUUUAAACUCGGGUCAAAAGAAAAUGUCUUUUUUGCUUCUUCUGUCUAUCUCUACCUGAAGCAGAGGCUUUCCUUAUGGAGAGAAAAAAUGAGUUUGGAAGGAGCCAUGCAUGACCGUUGACAAUGAAACAACCUUUUCGGUUCUAUCUCUGUUGUGAAAAAGAAAAUUCUUUUUUGCUUUGUCAGUCUCGCAGCUUGUCUUCAAUUUGAGGUCAAAAAGAAAAAGGUUGAAGAGUUGAUCAUCUAAAGUCCCAAAAAGUGCCUUGACUGAAGUGAUUGUUACAGUUUCGAGGGAAAAAAAUCCGGAGAACUAAAAGAAAGUCAGAGAAAAAGCAAAAGAGACAGAAAACCAAAAAAUACCUCUGCUUUUUCUUUCUCCACUUGUGCAGAAAAGGAAAUGGAGGGACACGUUGAGAUGGGUCUUCUUGGGGACAACUUCGAUCCGAGUUUGAUUGCGAGGAUUAGAGAUGAUGGCUAUGAGAGUCGUUCUGGAAGCGAUAAUUUCGAUGGCGUAUCAGGGGAAGAUGAUCAGGAUGCUGGUGACGAUACGCCUGCUCAGAGAUCCAAGAAGUACCAUAGACACACUCCUCACCAAAUUCAAGAGCUUGAAACUUUCUUUAAGGAGUGUCCUCAUCCUGACGAGAAGCAAAGGUUGGAACUUAGCAGGAGGCUUGGCUUGGAGACUAAGCAAGUCAAAUUCUGGUUUCAAAAUCGACGAACCCAGAUGAAGACCCAACUGGAGCGCCAUGAGAAUCUGAUUCUGAGGCAAGAAAAUGACAAGCUCCGAGCAGAGAACAGUAUGAUGAAGGAAGCCAUGGCCAACCCAAUAUGCAACAAUUGUGGGAGCCCAGCAAUUCCCGGCCAAAUCUCAUUCGAAGAACACCAGCUAAGGAUCGAAAAUGCUCGCUUGAAGGACGAACUAAACCGCAUAUGUUCCUUGGCUAACAAGUUUCUGGGAAGGCCAAUCUCAACCAUGGCUCUCCCGAGCUCAAACUCUGGUCUUGAACUAGCCAUUGGAAGAAACAAUACUGUCAGUGGGAUUGGCGGUAUUCGUGCUGGGUCAGGCUUCCCAAUGGGACUUGACAUGGGGAUGAUGAUGAUGGGAAACGAUCAAGUACAGGUGGAGAGAUCUAUGCUCAUAGACCUUGCCUUGUCUGCUAUGGAGGAACUGAUGAAGAUGGCUCAGGGAGAUGCCCCUCUUUGGAUUAAGACAUUGGAUGGCGAGAACGAAGUUCUGAAUUUUGAGGAGUAUACUCGGAUUUUUCUUCCUUGUCUUGGCCCAAAGCCUCCUGCUUAUGUCACGGAAGCUACCAGAGCCUCUGGAGUAGUGAUGGUCAACAGUUUAGCCCUCAUUGAGGCAUUCAUGGACAUGAAUCGAUGGGCGGAGAUGUUUCCAACCAUGAUCGCUAGAGCUGUGCCCCUCGAUGUGAUAUCAAAUGGUCUAGGAGGAACCAGGAACGGGACUUUGCUAGCGAUGGAAGCUGAGGUGCAAUUGCUUUCGCCACUUGUUCCUGUUCGGCAAACGAGGUUCCUCCGACUAUGCAAGCAACAAGCAGAAAAUCUAUGGGCGGUGGUCGAUGUUUCUAUUGAGUUUGGUCGUGACCCCACCAAUGCACACCCCUUCGUCACAUGUAGGAGGCUUCCUUCUGGCUGCCUCGUGCAAGAUAUGCCCAACGGUUACUCCAAGGUUACUUGGGUGGAGCACUGGCAGUACGAUGAGAAUGUCGUCCACCAACUGUACCGUCCGAUGGUUGGCGCCGGCAUCGGCUUCGGUGCUCAUAGAUGGAUUGCCACCCUCCAAAGGCAAUGUGAAUGUUUGGCCAUCCUCUUGUCCUCUUCCAUGCCUGCCGAUGAUCACACUACAUUGAGCCAGGGUGGUCGGCGAAGCAUGGUGAAGUUGGCACAGCGAAUGAUGGACAACUUCUGUUCUGGGCUCGUGGCUUCGUCGGCUCGGAGGUGGGACAGUCUUCAUGUAGGGACGCUAGGCGAAGACGUGAAGGUGAUGACUCGGAAGAACGAAGGCGAGCCAGGCGAUCCUCCUGGCAUCAUGCUCAGCGCCGCGACUUCCUUCUGGCUGCCCGUGUCUCCGCAAACCUUGUUUGACUUCCUCCGUGACGACCGCCGGAGAUUCGAGUGGGACAUCUUGUCCAGUGGCGCCGGAACCAUGCAGGAAGUCGCUCUUAUCGUCAAAGGACAGACACCUGGUAACUGCGUUUCUCUUCUUCGUACCAACGGUGUUAAUGGGAACGAGACGAGCAUGGUGAUACUGCAAGAGACAUGUGCGGAUGCUACAGGAUCAAUGGUAGUGUAUGCACCGGUUGAUGUCCAGUCGCUGAACGUGGUGAUGAGUGGUGGAGAUUCUUCGUACGUGGCUCUCUUGCCUUCUGGGUUUGCCAUUCAUCCCGACGGUCCUAAUGUGGGUCGCAAAGGGAGUCCGGACAGCGGCGGCAGCGGCGGCGGCGGAAGCGUGCUGACGGUAGGGUUACAAAUACUGGUGAACAGCCUGCCAUCGGGGAAGCUGACGGUGGAAUCCAUUGAAACAGUGAACAAUCUCAUGACGGCCACAGUUGAGAAGAUCAAAGAGGCGCUGAGAUCAGUUGGAUGAAGACGAUGAUGAUAGAAUGCAAGUAGAGUUACGGAGUCUGCGUUUAAGAUUUAGAAAUUGGGGAUUUUGAAGGUGGAAAAGAAUAAGAAAAGUAUGGAAGGUGAAGAAAGCGAAGGUUUUGAGUCAAGAACGAACCACGAAAGAAAGAAGAAAGGUGCCAUGGUGGGAAUUGGUGGUUCGGGUAUUGACUCGUUCACCUGUGACUCUGUCUGGGUUCUCUACUUGUCCUUGCGUCCCCCCCCCCCCCCCCAACGUUCUUUUUUUCAUUAUCUUUAUGAUCAGUGUUUGUUCUAGUUUAUAAGUCUCAUAAGUCUUAUGUUACAUACAAUACAGGAUAUAAAGUUGGAUCUGCAAAACAUGCUUUGUUGU